UGUCCUAGCAUUUGUUGGCAGUGUGGUGGAUGGAGUAAUGUGGAUGGCUUCUGUGGACAGCCAGCUGCUACAGGCUGCAGGAAUGUGAUGCAGCAGCUUUGGGUUUCUUUGCUCACAAAACUUCAUUUCAUGUGUAUUAGAAUUAGAUUGGUUUAGGAAAUUGUGAGAGUCCGUCAGUUUGGUUGUGGGAAAGCAGAUUCUGUUACUCUCAGUGAGAGCUGUGUUGUGUUGUCAAGUCUCCAACUUGUGUUUUCCCAUCCAUGCUGCAGAGUCUUCACACUGAAGAGCUUUUCAUGAGACAUUCACUGGAUUUAUCGCAAAGAGAAGCAGCAAAUCCAUUUUAGCACACAGGCAGUUAGGUUAGUCCCAGUUCAUGCUAAGGAGGUGCAGGACCAGCACAAAUCACUUCACGUCCAUCUCACUGAGGGGAGGAACUAAGUCCUAUAGCACUUAUGUCUUCUUGGUGCCGGGGUGACAUCAUCUGCUAGUUGCAGUAGAGUGAGGCUCUCAUUUGUCUUUUCCCUGAGCUGUGCACAAUCCUGACAGACAUGGAAUGGCUCAAGGCAAAGUCAAUGGACAGUAGAAUUAGAUAGAAACUUUCUCUUAUUACUGCUACUUGUCCAUGUUCAGUCUACUGAAUUUGAUAUAAAAAUGGAUUUUUCUAAUCUACUCCGUGCUUUCAUUUAGAGAAUCAUUAACCUGGAAAAUGGGUGUGGAUUUCCCAGAAAUGAAAGUGAAAUCUCAGAUUGUGCCUCUCUGCUUUUAGUUUGACAGACUCCUGAAAUCUGUGUUAGUCCCUGUUGCAAGAAUCAAAAGAUAAAUUAAAAAGUCUUUUUCAGGAUCAUCAAGAUGCCCAUCAAAGUUGAUGAUGUGAUUCAACUGUUGUGCCACCUCUCUCAGGAGAAGGGGAUGAAAGCUGCUGUCAAACAUUCUGCCCAAGGAGCACUGCUGGCAGGUGCAACAGCACUUCUUGGGGGUCUGGUGGGAGGUCCACCUGGAAUCGCUGUAGGAGGAGCAUUUGGUGGAUUGCUGGGUGCCUGGAUGACUGCUGGACAGUUCAGGCCGGUCCCUCAGAUUUUAUUGGAAUUGCCUCCUGCUGAGAAGAAGAAGCUCUAUGAUGAAGCCAUGGUUAUUCUCAGUCACUUAGACUGGACUGAUAUUACUCGCCUGACUCUUCUUGUAAUGAGAAAUGCAAGUCUCCAACAGAAUUUGGAAGCAUGGCUGAUAAGUUUCCUCUCUGAAGUGCUAGGAGCAAAGAUUCAGUAUAUAUGAUAAAUCUUUCCAGAGCAGGUUUUUUUUUUAUUAUUAUUUUUUUUCUCUGACAAUUGUGAU